GGGAACAGAAGUAGAAAUAUUAGUAACUCGUUUUAUUUUUUCUCUGAAUAUUUUACUUCAUUAAAGGCGUGACUUUUGUUAAUUAAAUUCCUUCUGAUAUCUUUUGCAAUAAAAUUAAUAUGACUACAUUAAGACCGUUUACUUGCAAUGAUAUGUUUAAUUUUAAUAAUGUAAAUUUAGAUCCACUAACAGAAACAUAUGGACUUUCAUUCUACAUGCAAUAUCUAGCGCAUUGGCCAGAGUAUUUUCAAGUUGCUGAGUCCCCAAACGGAGAAAUAAUGGGAUAUAUAAUGGGCAAAGCAGAAGGUCAUGGAGAAAAUUGGCAUGGACAUGUCACAGCCCUAACUGUUUCCCCAGAUUUUCGUAGACUUGGCUUAGCAGCUAAAUUAAUGAAUUUCUUAGAAGAUGUAUCAGAAAGAAAAAAUACAUAUUUUGUUGACCUGUUUGUUCGAGUUAGUAAUGAAGUAGCAAUAAAUAUGUAUAAGAAUCUUGGAUACAUUGUUUACCGUACUGUCUUAGAAUAUUAUUCUGGGGAUCCGGAGGAAAAUGCAUAUGACAUGAGAAAAUCUUGUACACGAGAUAUCACUAAAAAAUCAAUGAUACCAUUAACUACACCAGUAAGGCCAGAAGAUGUUGAUUGAAGAUGAAGAUGUUGAGACAAAUGUUUAAUAAGUAAAUUGAUAACUGACUUAUCGGUCAAUCAAUUACGAAAUUUAUGAUUAUUUUAUAUAAAAGUAACUAUUCUCUUAAUCUGAAGUUUCUUUUUCUGAUGUUAUUUU